AUGGAGACAAACAGAAUGACUGAGAAAGAGGCAAAUGAGGAAGCGAAAAUCAGAAAUGAAGGGCGAAAUUUAAACCUUAAUGAUGUGGACAAGACAAUGGAUGAGAUCAAUGAGCAGAUUGAGAACAUGAAACAGAUUCAGGAAGCACUGUCUACUCCUAUUAGCACAGCAACUGAUUUUGAUGAAGAUGAACUAGAGGUAGAGCUUGAGGAAUUGGAGGGAGCUGAGUUGGAGGAACAACUUCUUCAGCAUGCCACAACUGCCCCCGCCGCUCCAGUGCAAGCAGCCAGGCAACCUGCUCGCCCUACUCCUCAAAAAAAUACUGCUGAGGAAGAUGAGCUUGCAGCAUUACAGGUAGAGAUGGCUCUUUGAUUAGGUUUGUUUCGGUUCUUCUCCUUCAUCGACUUCUUGGGGUCUCUAAUACUCUUGUGGUAUCCAUUAAAGUGAAAAAAACUGUAAACGAGGGU